ACCAGUUCCUCCAAAUUCGAUUCUCUCAUGUCUCAGGUCUUACUCCACUGAGAAUCGCAGAGAGAAGCAAAACCAAAAUCCCUCAAAUUUUCAAAAAAAAAAUUAAAAAAAAAACCUAAAUUCAAAAACUCAGAGAGGUUGGAAAAAAUGUACGGGAUUAACAGUGGUGAUUCUGAUUUUGCUGUUCUUGAAUCGAUAAGAAAACAUCUGUUGGAGGAAUCGGAAGCUUCAGCGAAUUCGCAGAUGAAUGUUCAGGCGAGGAAUCAAGGGCAGGGGCAAGGUCCCGUUUAUUGCAGGAGCUCCAGCUUCAGUAGCCUCUUCCCUUGCUUGACCGACAAGUGGGGAGAUCUGCCUCUGAAGGAGGAUGAUUCGGAAGACAUGGUGGUUUUCGGCAUGCUCCGUGACGCUUGUAAUGUCGGAUGGACUCCGUCACUCGGACAGGAAACGGCGGCAUCCAACUUUAACUUAACGGAGACGCCGGUUAAAUUGGAGCCUCAGGAAACGAUGCCGGAAACGCCGAUGGCGUCUGCAGCUGUAGCUCCCCCAAUUUCGAUUCCGUCGCUGGCGCAGCAAGAGAAGCCGAAACCGGCUCCAGCUCCGGCAGCUCCGUCGAAGGGGAAGCACUACAGAGGCGUGAGGCAAAGACCGUGGGGGAAGUUUGCGGCGGAGAUUAGAGAUCCGGCGAAGAACGGCGCCAGAGUUUGGCUCGGAACAUUUGAGACGGCCGAGGAUGCCGCGAUGGCUUACGACCGAGCUGCUUACCGGAUGCGCGGCUCUCGAGCUCUACUCAACUUCCCACUCAGAAUCGGAUCGAAUGAACCGGAACCAGUGCGAGUGACCUCCAAGCGCUCCUCCCCGGAACCCUACUCUCCUUCUCUUUCGUAUUCGUCAUCGACGUCGUCGUCCGACAACGCCUCACCUAAGCGGAGGAGAAGAGGGGUGGUCAGUUCGGCUCAGGCAGCUCCUGCGGCGGCUCAAGCCGGCUUAGAAACGACGAGUCGAUCAGAAGUCUUUCCAGUUGGGGCUCCACUGCUAUGUGGCGAGCAGCUAUUGGUCAGUUAGUUUUUGUAUAGGGCUAUAAAAAAAAUAUGCAGAGCACGAACAGUGGGAAAACGAGUUCAUCCUUUUCCACGUUAUUUUUUCAGGGACAAUAGAAAAAUAGAGACAAGUGUGUGAACUUUGAAGUGGUGUUUGGAUUUGUGAAUAUUAAAAGAAGAUUUGUUAUUAUUUCA